AUGGCCGACCGGAAAAGAGGCAGAGACGAGCUGGAAUGGGCAGGCGGCGACUGGACCGUGUUCGGGGGGUUUCCGACGCCAGACAGGACGCCAGAGAAAGGCUCCAAAAAGCUCCAGCUGCGCAGGAUCACGUCUGAACUGCAUGGAGCCGAGGGAGGAGCAGGGGCAGGAACACGGCCCCGCAGACGGCUGCCAGAGUACCUACCGCCAGCGGCCGUAUUGGCCCAGCACGUCGCGGCUGACACACACCUAGCUCCAUGGCCGUCAGGCUCUGCGGCCCUCACAGCAUCCCCGUGGCUCCCAGGGCUUCUGGGGCUCAUAAUAUUUCACUUGCCUAUCUGGGGCACAUAA